GUACGGUUGCUCGAUAUCUGCAAUUUAGGUCCUUUGUAAUGGCUUGGGUGUAUAAUGCAGGAAAUGGAACCGUGCGUUCAAGCUGCCGCUCCUCGUUCGCAACAAAUUAUCGUUUGCUUGAGCAAUGGCCAUAAUAUAUGGCGAGAGAUAAAGGCAUAGCUCUUGUAGGAUUUAUCGAUGAGCAAACCUCGUGCGAAUAGCUUAACCACAUGCCUUAUGGGCACCAAUGGACACAGCCUCGCAAAGGCCAUCUUGCCAUUAUCACAGAACUAAGGCCUUCAUCGUCUACUUACUUGUGUUGCUCUUGUGGACGACUCAUGCGAGACCAGCCCGCACACAGCAGCAACGGAUUGUUUCCGACCAUGCCGGGCUGCUUGCGGCCUUCAGAGACUUCAACGUGACUCAUAUUCGAGUAGCGGGCGGGUUUGUUGUUCGUAAUAGCAACGCCUCUUACGGUGGUCCUCUGCUGUUGGAGCGUAAUGUACUCGUCGAAGGAGCCAUUAAAGGGAGCUGGGAUGCCUAUCCCCGGCUAGAUUUUACUUUUGCAAGCUAUGCCCAGUGUCAACUGGGCCCCGGCGUGGUUCUCACCUUCCGACGCCUCACACUGGUCAACCUACUCUCAAUCGCUCAGCUGUCCCCCCGCACCUUCUUCGCACCCUCAGCCGCCUCGUCCAGCCUCGUGUGGGAGGAUGUGGUGCACAGACGCACCACAUGCCCUCCUCUGGACGUCAUAAGGCAGCAAUGGGCUCACGCAGCUGGGCCGCCAGGAAGUGCCGCCGGCGGAUCCCUGGAGUCUCAGCGUCCACAGUUAAGGCGCCCGCAGCAAUCGCAGCAAUCGCAGCAGCGCUUGGUGUGGCUAUCGGAGGGCGCUGUGCUCUGUGGCAGCAGCGGUGGCAGUGAUAGUGAUAGCAGCAGCGGUGGCAGCAAUGUUGGCGGCAGCACUGAAAGCCAUGGCAGCAGCGGCAGUGAUAGUGGUGGUAAUCGCGGCCAUCAAGAAGGGCAGCUGCUGCGGCGGCAACAGUCCUGCUGCUCCCCCGUGUUGCGAGGACUGGAUGUGACGGUUGACUUGCCGACUGGUGGCCGCACACACUGGAACAACACGUUGCUGGUGUGUGACGGCUUUCUGCCGCCGCAGCACGAGGAGCCCACUGAUGAGGAGUGCCGUGCAGUGGUGGCACGGAGGCAGCUGCGGGAGCUGCAACGUUCCCCAUCACCACCGCAGCAGCACCAGCUGCAGCAACACAAGCAGCGCAUGCUGCUGGCAUUGGCUCAGGGUGGUGGCACACAUGCUGCUGCGGGUCUGCGCCGCGCUGCUACUGGAAUGUUGCACGGUCCUGGCGUCAGCUACAUUGCGGGGGCCGUGUUGCUGCUGUCCCUCCUGGCUUCAUCGCUGGUGUUGAUGUUAGUGGUGAUGGUGGUGCUUCCAUCCACUGUAUGCGUCUUUUUUGGCCGCCAAAAGGGCCAGCCGGGGAGCACAGCACGCACAGCAGGAGCCCGAGCUGCCCGGCGAGCGGGAGAGGGAGGCGCAGAAACCACUGCUAAUGUGCGUGGGCAUACGACCGAACUUCAGCCAUCAGGCAGUGGACCACCCUCGGUGCCCGUUGUUGACCCUUGUAAGACGGCUCUGCAGGUGGUCAUGGUUGCUGGUGCUGCUGGUGCUGAUGCUAGCGGCACUGGUGCUGGGCGUGCCGCUGUCAGAACACAGACCUCUGCAACUGAGUGCAUCGCAGACACUGCUCCUUCUGACGCCGCCGCUCCUUCUAUAACCAGCAGCCCUGCCCCUGCGUCCAUUGCUAUGGACACUGUCACCACUGCGGAUGCCACUACCGUGGAUGCUACCACUGUGUCCACGUGUGCUGCUUGCAGCAGCUGGGAAACUGCUGCUGCAACCACUUCUUGUGCUGCAGCAGCGAGGGUUAUCACGACUCCUGCUACUGCGGUCACUGCAGCAGCUGGGUUUCAGGUGGCCAACGCUACUGUCAGUGGUGACAGCAGCAUCACUGCCAGCAGGAAUGCAGCCGUGGAAGACAGCUGUGGAGGUUGCUACAGACCACAACCCGAUGCAAGUAAAGGUGGGGCGGCCCUUGCAGCCCCGUACCAACCCAAGGUGUGGCAGCAGCAGGAGGGCCAGCAGCAGGAGGGAGCUCGCCCUGUUAGUACCCCAUGUGCAGCUACUGCAGACGCACGUGACCGUGCGGGCGAUCCAUCAUGUGGUUGCACGCUGCCAUUGCUGCUGCUUCCAUCAAUCCUGCGGAGGCAGGCCAGCAAAACCACCCACGGCGCCAGCAAUACCGGACAAGCAACCGUCACCAUUGUUACGGAUGGUGAUGCUGGCAGCACCAUUGGUGGUAGCCUCAAUGCUAACAGUGCUGCUGUUGAGCAACGGUUGGUCCAAGCACGUGGGGAGCUCCAACAGGAGCAGGAGCAGCAGCAGCAGCUACAACUACACCACCGACAACCUGCUCGGCAGCUGUGUGCCCCUGCUCCUCUUCCACCGCAACAACAGCAGCAGCAGCAGAGCCCGCGGCAGAGCCAGCACCUGCAGCAGCAGCCACAGCACCUGCAGCCUCCACUGCCGCCGCAGUGGCAAUCACAUCCGUUGACACAGCAAUCCCUGCUGUCCCAGGACCAGCCACAGCCCACCUCCCAGACCACCAUGCUGACGACGUCUGUGGGAUCCCUGGGGUCUGCCUUCAUUGCCCUCUUGCGGGCUAUGGGCAGCCGCCGGGGCACAAACACCAGUGAGCGCGAGCAGAGCAACUGUGGAACAGGUGAUGUUGAAUGUGACAGACCCACGGCAGGUACCAGUACCGUCAUGGCCCGUGGUAGUCGUGUCUGCUGUGAGGAUGCCUCGACGACGCCACAAAGCACAUCCACACCUGCUGCAACACCUUCAACCCCGCCAAUGACAGUACCUAUGACACAGACGGUGCCGCCAGGCAUACCUGCAUCCCCAGCAACAUGCGAGGCAUCAGCACAGGGUGAACCUGCUGCAAGGGAGGCACCGACGACGACAGCAAUGGUGCCCAUACACCGCCGGGUUCUGAGGAAUAAUACCGGCCUGGCUGCCUGGAAGGCUGCUUCAGGUCGUACUGCGGAACGUGAGACAACAGGAGUGGAUGGGCUCAGGAGUGCAGGAGGUCUGAGGUCAGGGCCCAACCCACAUGGGCACGCGGGUGGUGGGAUGAGGAUGGCGUCAUCACGUUUCCCAACCCGAGCUUUGUCCUCCGGGCCUGACCCCGGGUGUUCCGACCGCCCAUCCUUGAGUGAGAUCCAACGGGAACUGGAGCGGCUGGAGGAACGACUGAUGCAGCGUGACCCACGGUUCGCUAGACAGCAUCGCCUGCUGCAGGAGCAGAGGAAAGAGAGAAGGUCGCUACAGCAGGAUCAGGAGCAGCAACAACAGGAAGGAGGGCAUGCCUCGACCCUACAGCAGCUGGAGGCGGCCCUAGAAGCCGGGUACUUCAUUAAAGAGAGAUGAGCUACAGCUGCGGCGGCGGACACAACAUACAUGUACAAGUUGCAUUGUAGGGGAACAGCAGCAGCUUUGAUACCGCUACCGUGCUACCGUGCUUGCUUGUGAGCUCAUUUGGGUGAUUCAAGCGCUAGAGAAGGAUGGGGGUGUCCGGAAAGUGCCAAUUGGGGCUUUGCUGCCUGGAAAACUUGGGAGGUAUGUUCCAUGGACUUACCGUUGUUGUUGUUGUGGCAAUGGGGGUGUGGGGACUGAGCGGUGUUUACCUGGUAGGAAAUCCCUAACUAUUCUUCAAUAUUUUGGUCCAUGUACGCUUCGUUAUGCAUGGUGUUGGACUGUCCGGGCUUGUCAGCUAUCUGCCAGCCCCGGUCGUACUUGAAGUGUUGGUUUUCCCAUUUCGGUAUUUUCCUAUUAUGGAUUGGUGUAUCUUAUGCGGAUGUGCUUUGAGGCUCCGCCAUCUGUUGUCUUUAGGAAGUGGGCGUUACUGUUGUUCCGGUUUGGAAAGAGCAUUCAUGCAUUCCUGCCUGGUCAUUUGGAAUUUGGUGGGUGUUUGUACGGCUUUUCAAGCCUGUUGGGAUGCUUGUGAAGGCGAAAGCAAGGUGCGGCCGUACGUUGUAGCUGGUAGGCUUUCCCCUUCGUUAGGUUGCUGGGCUGUGGCUGUUAAGAGUUUGGAGAUUUAACACUGUUGUUGCGUUGUCGCAAAUGGCAUGUUGGCGCAUAUGGUUUUUGAACCGGUUGGUUUCUCAUGAGGCUAGAUAGGUCCCCCGGGGGGCUAACCACGAUUGCAGUGUGCACCUUGGUUGGAGGAACUGAGCCGCAGCGCUUAUGCUGCGGCAGAAUCUGACGUUUGCUAGGAAGAACUGGCCGUGGUGAAAAUCUGAUGUGUGUUUUGGUAAAGCUGGCCGUGGGGAAGAAUGUACUGUGGUUUCAGGUAUGCUGUGUGUUCCGAAGCUGGCCGCGAGUAAGAACGGGCUGUCUGUGUUUACUGCAUCUCUUUUGAGCUCAGGUGCACAGCAGCGCAGCCCAGUCGUGCUGGGCACACCGCCAUUUCGCUUGCCUGUUGCUCACUGCUGGUAUCAUGGCACGCACGUGCACGUGUACACCUGACAUACACCGAUACUGACCAACUGAUUUGUGGCAAGCAAGCUGAGGCAAGCCUACAUUGUGAAAUCUUGGAAGUCUUUUUGGGACUUUUAAUCUACUGUGUGUUUUCAAUGGCCUCAAGCGCCGAGGAGUGAUGCAGGUGUGGUGGGAAUGAUGCAGGUGUGGUGUGGUUGCCGGUAAGGCCUUUUCAGCCCCAACGGGAAAAGGUCAUCAUAACUGAAGUUGGACUACUGCCGUACGUGUGCCUUUGUGUCAAUGUCGAUUUGUGUGCAGCAGUGGGUGAGAUGGUGUUUCAGCUGGAGCAGAACCUUGCUCGCUGCCUACGUUGGGGCUAUUGCAUGCUGGUUAACAUCUGGCGAAUUGCGGCAGGAUGUCGAGGGGACCUGUUGGCCACCUGAUCAUCCCAACUUACCCGCUGUCUCGCCCUCACUUAAGGUUUGGUUUUUCCUGAACUGCCGACAUUAAGAUGCAUUUGGAUGGGAGUGUACCGUUGCCUGUCUGAAAGGGUGGCCAGCUGCUUGCGGCCUGAACUUGGCUUUACUGCACUACUGCAGCAGAGAGUGUCGCCAGGACUGGCAUCGGUAUUGGUUACUGUCGUACCGAUUUCCUGCCUAGCUGUGUCCGGCCGACGCUAGGUUUCUGUUGCAUGCAUGGUGCUCUUGCUUGUAUGGUGUUGAGUGCUACUGCUGGUUCGGUAUGGUGUAUGUUACGAGUUCAUAGGUUUUGUGUCGGUGGUUGAUGGAUAGAUCUCGCCCAUGUGCCAAGGAGCAUGUCCCCUUGGGCAUGCAGCAGGGGAUUUGUGAACCUGCAUGAUGGCUAUGAACACUGCUGGCCGGGGUGAUGUCUGUAUGUAAGGUAUCUUGUUGAAUGGGCUCAUCGUGAUUCCUUGGCUAAAUGCAUGCAGUCCCGGGCACUGCUGGACAGCCGGAUGCGGCGAGGUCGGGAUUACCGUCCUUCUGUAUCGGAGCCGGGAUUUUCUGCAGGCAUUUGGCAGGCCAUGUGCAUGGGCCUGGCGCUCCUGUAAAGGAAGGACUAAGUGUGGGAACAAAUUGGAACGAGUAAGGCUGUAACGGUACAACCGCGGGG